AAGGGGGCGGGGCGGGGGAACAUGUCUGACGAGGGGCCGAACGCGCUCGGUUCCUACCUCAGCAAAGCGGUGGAGUUUGUGGAUGAGCACGUUCGAGCGGUGCGGACUAUCAGCACGGGCCUGGCAGUGGUCGGAAUCGUGAUGUUAGCCAGAAGCGUCAGACUAAUUACUAAAUUUACAAGUGCCAUAGAGAUACCUAAUAAUUUUAUUGAAAAAAGUAUUAAACUUCGAGGGAGAAUACAUCAUGUAACAGAAAAUGGACUAGAAGUAGAACAUAUUCCUAUUAACCUUCCUUUCAUUUCAUCCCUACAAAAAAAAUGGCAACCAGAUGGUCACCUGAUAGUUCGGUUGGCUGGCUUGCAAAUGACUGACGAAGGGAGAACCUGGUUAAGUGAGCAAGUAAAAUCUCCCCACGUUAUUUGGUUUCAACUUCUGAGAAGGGAGAAUUCUUUUAUUGAUUGCAUUGUGAGAUUAAACAAGGGAACGAUUUUCUCAAUCUGCCUAAAUGAAGAGAUUUUGAGGAAAGGUCUUGGGCGGACUGUUAAUAUUGAAGGCUUACACUCUAAUCCCAAACUGUACUGGAGGCUACAGACAAAAUUGCUUAAAGCAGAAAUGAAAGCCCUAAAAAAAGGUAAAGGCAUCUGGAAAGAGCCAACUUUAUUGGAAAAAAUCUCAAAUAAUUUUCAGAAUUCUAAGAUUUUACACAGUUUGAGGAGUCUAAUUUUAUGGGUCAGGUCAUUUGGAAACAAAUAAGUUAAUAAUAUUCAGUUGAAGAUAUAUUCUGUAGACUAUUCCAGAAAUCUAACUGGUUUCAAACUAAUGACGCAUUUAAAUGUAUCAAUUCAAUAUCACAUAGUAUCUUGAUUUAAGAUACAAAGACCCAUUUAUUGCUAUGCAAGAUGUUAUAUUUUGUCUUACUGGUUUAUUCAGAAAUGGAAAUCUUUGUACAUUGAUGUUUUACAAAUAAACAAAGCCUAUACAAUGUACUCCAUGAGCCGUGCUGUUUCACAGUAGUAUUUUCCACCUAAGAUACUCCUGUGCUGGAGUGAAACCACUAUUAACCUAGAGUCAUGAUAUACAUCAUCUAAUGAAGUAUAUUGUGAAGCCUGCAUAAAUUAGUUGGGUCUACUGUUAAGUGUUUUUUUAUUUGGUAAAACAUCUAAGAGAUACACUGAAACUACUGAGAGCCAUUUGCACCUAGUUCUUCUGCCAAUUAAAAACAGAGCAUGUAACGUGCUGCAAAGUUGUAGUAUUUGGAAAUUGAAAUAAAUGGCCUUUAUGAAAGGGAGCUUUUUUAGGGAGAAUCCACAGUGCUAGAGAAAUCAUGGUAUCUCUGCAACUGAAUGUUUCCUGAAUUUUUCUCAAGUCUUAGGAAUAGCAAGAACGGUUCUUCCAUAUCCCAAUAUUAUAUCCAUACACACUUGUACACUUUUAGUAACCGCUGGUAGCUGUUCUUCUCCUUGGAUUUGCGUGAGUUUGAGGAAUUGCAGACUUGGAAAAUGAAGGCUGAUCAUUGACCCAGGCCUGUCGCUGCAUCUCUGUCUGCCUCUCUCCAGAGAGAAAGAUUCCUGUACUGUAUGUUAACACAGCCCAAGAGCACUGUAGCAUUUAAACAACUAUAAAGUGAACCAAGCAAAAAAAAACAUGAAAAGAAAGAAAUCAGACCAAAGAUCAAAAUGUACACUGUAACUGCUACAUUUUGCAAAGCAUUUGAAGAAUGUACUUUGAAGUAAAUUUAUUAUAACUGUACAGUGAAAACUAUAAAUUAGGACACUUAAAGGAGAUACAACACCAAUACCUUAUGCAGUGUUCCUGCUGUUUUCACCCACCUUUCAGAUUCUGCUUAAUUUCUGGUGCCUGCCAACUUGAUGCAAUUUUAAUUUUUUUUUUGUUCAUUUAAUUUUCUACUUCAAUGCCAAGCUGGGGCCCUCUCCCAUCAAGGGAUGGUACCCUAGUCUGCACAGGGCAAGAUGGCAGCAGUAGUACUGGAUUGCAUGGUAAAUAUCAGUCCAAUUAUUCAGGGUGCUGAGGCUGGAGGGAUUAAUGUCCUAUAGAUCACUGCAGCAGUUUCCUAUUUCCUUUUAUUCCACUGCUAAUGCUUCAAAUGCUUGAGUGUGCCUGGGGAGUUGUUACUGGGUCAUAGGAUCCUAACGUAAAAGAUACAUAUGAGACUUGUAUAAAUGUCGCAGGUUAGAAAAAUUGCUAGAAUCAGAAGGGCAGCUAAGAACAUAGAAAAGAAACUGAAGGUAGAGAAAAAAGGAAAGUAAUUUCUUUCACCACCCACUCCUUCUCAAAUUGAAGGACCCCCUCCCCCAGCUAGUUAUUUCCAACUCCCCACCCACAGGAUUUUAGGGGCCUUCAUGAUUUACAUCCUCCACAUCCUGUCCUGUUAUUUCAGAUUUCUGAUGCCUCAACUGAUAGUUCCCAACUAUUGUGUACAUUAUACUACUGCAGCUGCUGGAUAUCUGAAAUAAAAAUAGAAAAUGCUGGAAACUCUAAGCAGGUCUGGCAGAAUAUGCAGAAAGAGAAACAGAGGUAACAUUUCAGAUCAAAGGUACUGAAACAUUCAAUCUGAAUCUUUAACUCUGUUUCUUUUAACAAGUGCUUCCUGAUCUGCUGAAUCUUUCCAGUAUUUUACGUCCUGGCUUUUGAGUAUUGAGGAUUUAGUUACUCAGCAUCUGAAAUGGCAGAGAAACUCCUUCAUCAUUAUGAUUAAGCCAUGUAAGUAUUCAUUCCCAGCAAUAGAGUUUCUCUGCAGCUAUGUAUGCAGGAUAAAGUAAUCUCCGUAACAUAAAAACUAUUUUGUUCUCACUAACUGGUCUCUCCCACAGAAUGUUCUGUUUUAAAGUGUAAUCAGAUGGUGAACUGAAGGCUGUCCUUGGGUUGUAUUUGGUGGAUUCCAUGGUUUCAAGGUGCUAUUAUUUACAUCAAUUAUUUACAAAUCAUUAGGGUUGAUUAAUAAGUAGCCAUUUUUAGGGAUGUUUAAAAGUUUCACUGAGAUGUAUAUAGUGUUUGGUGUUUCGUUUUAAAAGCACAAAUUAAAACAUUCCACUAAACUUAAUAAAUCUACCUAGUUCAUAGAUGCUAUGGGAAUAAAGACUGUAUUCCCCCAUCAUUUCAGUUUCUAAUCAGGCCAAUGGACAUAUGGGUAAGAUUAUUCAACCAUGAGGUUUUCCAAGGAUUGGCUCAAAUAAUUUGAAGUCUCCAAUGUAAAAUACAGUCUGUAUCUCCUAUAAUUUUUUAAUAUAAUCAUUGUGCAUAAUUGUCCCUGUAUUUUGGAAAAAGUCAAUAAAACAGCUGGUAAUAUAUGUGAAUAUAGUUCUUUUAGACCAGACUUAAAUCAAUGUUUUUACUACAAAUUGGACCAGAAGAUAAGAAAAGCCAGGAAUGAGAAAAGCCUUUAAUCUCAGAAAAGCUGAUCUCUCUCAAACACUAACUUGUUCAUAUGUGGACAAGGUAGUCAGAAACCCUUCUGUCCACAAUGAAGCAUUGCCUCUUUAUUGAAGAUGGGUA